AUGCCCCCUCCAAAUCCAGAAGACAAGCGCCAAGCCGCGCGCGAAGUCAUUGACAUCCUCCACGAAAUCUCAACUCUCCUGAACACCAAUCUCGACCGCACAGAACUCUCCCUGUGUGUCUCGCUGAUUGAGAACGGAGUCCCACCCGAGGGUUUGGCGAAUGUGAUCAAGGAUUUGAGGAAGGAGGCUCCUGCACCUGCUUCCAAAAGGGUUUCUUCACAGGCCUACGCUGAUUAG